AUGAAGUUCAUCGGCUUGUUGGUGGCAGUUGCAGCCUGUGCUUUUGCAGCACCACAAGGAUACGAUUUGGGUGCACCAUCAGGUGGAGGUCUCUCCGAUGGAGCAGGACUUUUGGCAGGAGGAGCAGGCGCUGCUGAUUUCGGGAGCGGUGAGGGUGCCAUUACGGGAUGCAGAGAUGGAGAGGUAUUGCAUGUAGAUGGUACUUGUGUAAUCCCCGAAAUCACGAGAAAAGUAUACUUAUUCACCGUUCCUGAACAAGAGCAAUCUGUCGGUCCGCCACCCAGUAUUCCUCCUCCAGCAGUAGAACACAACAUCCUCUUCGUACGCCUUCCUGAGGAAGGACCAGCACCUGAACCAAUCGUUCUUCCUCCACCAAGACAGAACAACAUUGUUUAUGUGCUCAACAAACAGGAUCAACAAGUUCAGCGAGUGAUCGAAGUACCAGCGCAGCCACAGUCUGAUCCUGAGAUUUACUUCGUCAACUACCAAGAUGGAGAAAACCCAACUCUUCCCAUUGGAGUAGACCUGGAAACUGCUCUCAGUUCCGCAGCAGCAGCAGGCGGUCAAGUUCUCGGAGGUCUUGAAGGCGCAAGUGGAGUAGCCGGCUUUGGUGGCGCUGCUGGUGGUGUUUCUGGAGGACAAGGA